AUGUCAAAUCAAAAGAGCAUAGAGUCAGCCAUUAAGUAUCUGGAAGUCCAGGUGGGACAAUUGGCAAAACAAUUGACAGACCGUCCGUCUAGCAGCUUUGGAGCUAAUACUGAGAAAAGUCCAAAGGAGGAAUGUGAAGCUGUCAUGACUAGAAGCAGAUUGGUGGUCAUGAAAGAAGGUGAGAAUGGAAUAGGUGCAGAAAAACAACAGCUGGUGUCUGGCCCAACACUUGAUCCUUUGGUAGAGUCUUUGAGUGAGUCUGAUGAAGAGUUGGAGCUAGAAAUUACAAUGCCCUUUGGAGAAGCUUUACAGCAGAUGCCACUUUAUACUAAAUUUCUGAAAGAUAUGCUAACUAAGAAGAACAAGUACAUCUAUAGUGACACCAUAGUUGUGGAAGGAAAUUGCAGUGCUGUUAUUCAACGUAUCCUUCCACCGAAGCAUAAGGAUCCAGACAGUGUCACUAUACCUUGUUUUGUAGUAGAAGUUUCAGUAGGCAAGGCUCUUAUUGAUUUAAGAGCCAAUAUUAAUUUGAUGUCGCUCUCCAUGUGCUGGAGACUUGGAGAGCUGGAGAUAAUGCCUACUCGGAUGACUUUAGAGUUAGCUGAUCGCUCCGUCACCAGACCCUAUGGAGUGAUUAAAGACGUGUUGGUCCAGGUCAAGCAUCUCAUAUUUCCUGUUGAUUUUGUUGUAAUGGACAUUGAGGAAGAUGUGGAUAUUCCUGUCAUUUUGGGACGUUCAUUUAUGUCCAUUGCAAGCUGUGUGGUGGACAUAGGGAAGAAAAAGUUGGAAAUGAGUCUUGAAAACCAACAAAUCACAUUUGAUCUUUUAAUGAAGGAAGAGAAUUACUGGACCAGGAUGUAUGCUUAUAGGUGA